AGCGGUUCGUACAGUACAGGCAGUCGCCGCCGCAACGGAUGGACGCCAACGGGUGGGACAGACGUUACCGAGGAAUUAUUUAGUUGUCGAGCUCUUUUUGGUCUCAAACUGAGGACGGAUUUGAAGUCAGAACCUUUUUUUUUCCAGCGGAGUUAAACAGCGUCAGAGGUUUUUGUUGUUGUUUUUUGGUUUUCUUCAGCCCAAAACCGCUUCCCCUUUUUUUUUCACCCUCCACGGCAGCCCGUUCGAAAAAAGGGCGUGUGUGUUCGGGGCGGUUUUGAUCAAUUUCCGUGGUUAUUUAUGGUUUUUAGAUAGACAUAAAUCUAUUUUUUGACACAAUCUGGGUCUGAAGGACACCGUUUGAGGAUGGGGUGCACGUUAAGUACCGAGGAUAAGGCGGCGGUGGAGCGCAGCAAAAUGAUCGACAGGAAUCUGCGGGACGACGGGGAGAAGGCGGCCAGGGAGGUCAAGCUGCUGCUGCUCGGUGCCGGAGAAUCAGGAAAAAGCACAAUCGUCAAGCAGAUGAAGAUCAUCCAUGAAGCCGGAUACUCAGAAGAGGAGUGUAAGCAGUACAAAGCCGUGGUCUACAGCAACACCAUCCAGUCCAUCAUAGCCAUCAUCAGAGCCAUGGGGCGCCUCAAGAUCGAUUUCAAGGACUCCAGCAGAGCUGAAGAUGCACGGCAGCUGUUUGUGCUGGCGGGCUCGGCGGAGGAAGGCUCCAUGACAACCGAGCUGGCCGGUGUCAUCAAGCGGCUCUGGAGCGACGACGGAGUUCAGGCCUGCUUCAGCCGCUCACGCGAGUAUCAGCUCAACGACUCCGCCGCAUACUAUUUGAACGAUCUGGACAGGAUAUCCCAGGCAAACUACAUCCCAACCCAGCAGGACGUCCUGAGGACCCGAGUCAAAACAACGGGCAUCGUGGAGACUCACUUCACCUUCAAAGACCUGCACUUCAAAAUGUUUGAUGUCGGCGGUCAGCGCUCUGAGAGGAAGAAGUGGAUCCAUUGCUUCGAGGGGGUGACCGCCAUCAUCUUCUGCGUGGCCCUGAGCGACUACGACCUGGUGCUGGCUGAGGAUGAAGAGAUGAACCGAAUGCACGAGAGCAUGAAGCUGUUCGACAGCAUCUGCAACAACAAGUGGUUCACAGACACCUCCAUCAUCCUCUUCCUCAACAAGAAAGACCUGUUUGAGGAGAAGAUCAAGAGGAGUCCUCUGAGCAUCUGCUACCCGGAAUAUGCCGGUUCCAACACGUACGAGGAAGCAGCCGCCUACAUCCAGUGUCAGUUUGAAGAUCUGAACAAGAGGAGGGACACCAAGGAGAUCUACACCCACUUCACCUGCGCCACAGACACCAAGAACGUGCAGUUCGUCUUUGACGCCGUCACCGACGUCAUCAUCAAGAACAACCUCAAAGACUGUGGGCUUUUCUAAGGAUGACGGUGACGACCACUUUCUUUCUUGGCGGUGGAGCCAACUUCUGAACAUCUUUGGAGGGGAGGGGAGGAUCAUGAUGGACCAGUGCUGUACUAUACGCCACUUUUAACAGCUUUAUUUAUGUUUUUGUCUCAGAACUUUGAACUAGCGUUACUACAUUUGUGCAGGAUGUUUGUAUCACGUAAAAGAAUCACCGCAAAUGUUCACUUUUUUUUUUUAAAUCAAUUUUUGUUUUUUCCUGAGGAGACCCCAUGUUUUCUGCUGUUUCUUGUGCCGCCGUUUCUGGAACUUUGCCGUUGGUGGAAAAGCUCCUCCUUUUUUCCUGCUCUUCAACCACUCGGGAAGACAAAAGGCGUUUAGGGGGAGGGUCGAGGGACGCGACUCCGAGUCCGGUUUGUUGGUACCUGUGCCUUGGCAUGCAUUUUACUGCGGUCGUCGUCCCGAUGCUUGUUCUGUUGCCUGCUGAAGUGUUCUAGACAUAAAGAGGUAAGCUGUUUUCAUACGUAGGUGUCUCUUCUAUCUCACAUGUGCAUGUCACUGAGCUAUCAGGAGGAGGACUGAAGCUCCAUGGUGACCUCCACACACACCCCCAAAGCGCCAUGGCAAUGGAGGCCCACAGUACAGUACUGAGAUUUCCCCCUACCAGGCUGGGGCUCUGCUUUUUAAACUGUAAAUUAAAUAUCCAGUCAUUCAGAAGGUUAGCAGAGGUGCCGAACCUCUACAAGAACAGAAACCUGAUUUUUUUUUGUUUGUUUUUUUUUGGUACAGUUCACUGUACAUUUGAACGCAUUUGGAGGAGACCUGAUGGAGGUUUUGGUGUGUAAGGAGAGAAAAACGGAGCUGCAGACAGAUUCCUGUAAAGUUGAAAGGAUCUAAGCUUCUUAUUUGAUUAAAAUAGAUGACCAGCAUAAAACUACAUUUCUGUUUCUGCAAAAAAAAAAAAAAAACUGUGCAGAUUGUUGCUACAUUGAGCGAUGUGACAAAAGGUUCUAUUGGUGUAAAGAAACUGCCACAAACUGUCUAUGUAUGUGUACUUUCUCCACGGAAGGAGAAUCUUUGUAGACUCAUCUCCCUUAUUUUGCUAAUAAAAAACCAUUUACAAAGUA